AUGUCUAUCAUUAACAAGACAACAAAACAAGAAACUUUAAUAAAAAAAGAUGAAUUAAAUAAAAAUACAUUCAAAGUAACAGUAAAUACAGAUGAUGUAACUAUCGAAACAACUACAAAUGGAACAACAACAUUCACCAGUGAAAAUUAUAUUAACAGUAUUCAAUUAAUCACUCAAGUACCUGAACCAAAAAUCCAAACAAAAGCAGUUACUAUUACUGAAAAUGGUUCAUACACUAUCAGUCCAGAUGAUAACCUUGAUGUACUUGAUCAUGUCUAUGUCACUGCAAAUGUACCACAAUAUAAAAUAGAUUCUAUAUCAGUAUAUCAAACCGGUGCUACAACAUUAGCAACAGUAGCAACAGAAAUAAUAAAUAUUACAGAAGACACUGAUAUUACAGACUUAAUACCAGCAGAUGGAAAUUUACAUAAAGUAGUAACUACCUCAACUGGUAAUAAAUACAUAAAAAUUACAAAAAAAGAAAAUUGUCAAUUUAUAUUAUUUACACUUACUAAUAGUGAUGGUUUAUUUAUAUAUGAAAUGGAAAUAGAAAAAGAAUUUAUUAUAUACAAUUAUUUAAUAUAUUAUAUAUUGAAAUUAAAUACAGAAAGUCCGAAUACUGGUAUUUUUCGUUUUUGUAAAGGAACAACUGCAGAAGAAGCAAUUGAACUAAUUAGUUAUGAUUCAGUAAAUAUUGGUUCUGAAAAAAGUAAUGCAAACUUUAAAAUGUCAUUGAACUCAUCUCUACUUUCAGAAAACUUCCCAAUACAAUAA